AUGUCUGGUGUCUGGGUAUUCAAGAACGGCGUUAUGCGUCUCAACGACGGCGGUGGCUCGUCUUCGGAUCAGCAAUCGGGCGGGAGGAAGAAAGUGCUAGUGCACUUGCCUACCGGAGAGGUGAUUUCAUCGUACAAAUCUCUCGAAAAAAUAUUAAUUGAGCUGGGAUGGGAAAGGUAUUAUGGCGAUAUCGAACUAUUCCAGUUCCACAAGAGAAGUUCCAUUGAUCUCAUCUCACUUCCUAAAGAUUUCUCCAAGUUUACGUCGGUUUACAUGUACGAUAUCGUCGUUAAAAAUCCUAAUGUUUUUCACGUCCGAAGCUCUUAACUGAAUAAUUAAUUAGCUGUGUGUGUGUGAGAUUACGCCUGGGAUUAGUGUGAUAGCUAGCUCUGGAUGGUUAUUGUGCAAAAUUUAGGCGAUAUUUGAUUAUUGUGAAUUAGCUGUUUUUCUUGUAAUAUUUGUUUUGCGGAUCAGUAUAUGCAUGUGUGUGAUAAGUGAUUAAUGUAUUAGUACACUGCAAGAAUUAUAGUUCAUACGUAAAUUAUGUACUGCUUUUUAGUAUUGUUCUCUUGUUUCUGCAA